AUGUGUUGGGAGUUCAAGGACGCAUUCACUGAUUGCCCUGUCGACUGCUCGAGAUGGAAGACCACUGAGAAGAAUCCUGCCUAUGGAUAUAUUUGCUCUCAGUUCGCACUUACGAGACAGCAUUGCAAGAAACUAGCUCGCGCUAUCCUUGGAGAAAAAGCAGGAAAGUGUCCGGAUCAUCGACCUUUUGGCCGUUCGCAGAUACAAGCUUCAGGCCCGAAUCCGGAUCCUGGGGGGCCUAAAGAAACCCCAAACUCGAACAGUAACCAGCUUCAGAUUGGAUCACACCAGAACCCUCAUUCUGCUCACCAAACCGCAACGCAGACGGAGUUUCGAGGUGGAUUUCAAUCUAAUCUGUCGCCUCGACAGCAAAGGGGUGUCUGGCACAAUCAAGCUUCGAAUCUGAUAUAUCCAGAUAAUAAUGGAGUCCCACCCUUAGGGACAUAUGAUCGUUCUUCCCUGUCACCUGACCCGCCGGACCUAGUAGUAGUUUCGUCCUCAACAGAUCAGCAAACAAAUUAUCCACCGGAAAGUCCAGAGCAUGCGCAAGGUACAUUUACAAACCAUUGGUCAACAUCUAAUCAUCCAAACCAAGGACAUUCAAGUCAGGAAAAUCGUCGAAAUCCAAAGCCGCGGAAGGAUAUUUCAAAGAAUGGAGGCAGAAAAUUUUGA